AUGGCUGCAAGCCAGCGAACUGCCACGAAAAUCUCGAUUCCUCAUCCAAUUGAGCCUAAUUGUUCCAUUGUGGGCAUCCUAGAACAGCUGACACCGGACCAGCCAACCAACGGCAGGAAGAUCGCUCUGAUUCUCCAUGGUUCUGCGGGGCACAAGGACUAUCUGUUUCACAGGCAACUCGGACUCUGUCUUCCUUUAGACUCUUUUCGUUUUGAUUUUCGUGGGUGCCAUGAGACUCCCGGGACUUGGCGGCAACACGGUUUGGAGGACGAAGUGGUCGAUAUCAACGUUGUCGUCGAUUACCUCGCGAAAACGUUUGGAUAUAAGGUUGAUUUGAUCGUGGGGCACUCCAGAGGAUCUAUCGUUGCCAUCCGUUGGCUAUGCAUCACCGAAGCCGGGAAGAAGGUAUCAGGUUUUGUCAAUGUAUCUGGGCGGUACCGUAUGCAUAAGUGGGAAGAGAGCUUCCUUUCCCAAGGAUUUCAUAUCUGGACGCCCACAGUCGCGAGGAAGAUUCUCUCGAUCAAGAUUCAUCCAGAAGACGUUGAAAAUUUCUGCAAGUUUGAUACGUCAUUAGUUUGGGACAGAUUCCCUCAAGGCACUGAUGUCCUAACUAUACAUGGGCUAUCGGACACGCAGGUCCCGCCAUAUGACGCCGUUAUCUAUGCCAGGGCCUUGAGCAAUCGAGACCCGGGGACUCACUCGCUUCAUCUCAUGGAGCACGCAGAUCAUAAUUUUGUCGGACGACGAGAUGAGGUAGUUGCAACGAUUCUGGAAUGGUGGGAUGCUCACGAACGCAAGGAUCUCCAAUCAGGCAUUUGGAGAGGAACGGCAACGGAUCUUAGAGGCAAGAUGUAA